AUGUCCCUGCGCAAGCGUCUCUCCGCAUCCAGCACCAGCAGCCGCAGCGAGUCUCCCCUCGUCUUCGCCGCCGCUCCGAACUCAGACUCGGACCAUUGGGUCGGGGCGUGGCAGCAGGUUCUCGCCCGCGAUCUCAUUGACUCCCCGGUCGUUGCGGUCGACGCGGACACCACCGUCGAAGACGCCUGUGAUCUCUUGCUUUCCAAGGACCUUGCUUGCGUUGCCGUGAACAGCAGUUCGGGCACUUCCCCGAGCGCCGGUCCCUACCAAGGCCUCUUCGACUUCUCCGAUGUCAACGCCUUCCUCACAUUCGCGGCAACUCGACAUAAGCUCGCCUCGGACGAGUUGCGCGAGAAGCCGCGCAUACAGGAAAUCCUAGCUGCCGCGAAGGAGGGCAAGGUGCCCGUCCACCUUGUCAGCAACCUUUCCGAGAAGAACCCGCUGGAGACGUUGCCUUACGACGCGACGCUCCUCUCUGUAAUGGGCGUCGUUGCGCGAGGCGCACACAGAGUUCUCAUCCAGGCCGAGUCACCCUCCUCCGAAUACCUAGGCAUGGUCUCGGAUAACCGGCUGCUCGCGUGGUUCACAUCCUAUGCGCAGCAGAACGCCGCCUUCCUGCGCUAUCUCACCAACCCGCUCAGCUCGCUCGCGCUGCCAUCCAUGUACCUGUACAUGUCCGUCGUCGCCGCACGCUCGGCGGACACCGUGCUCGACGCGAUGCAGCUGAUGAGCGAGCAGGGCGUCAGCACGAUCGCCGUUAUUGAGGAGGAGACGGGGAACCUCCUUAGUGCGGUUAGCGUGUCUGAUAUCGGCAAGAUCGUCGUGCCUGCGCAAAGCAAUCAGAUAUUGUCGACGCCGCUGCACCAGUUUGUGGCUCGCAUCAAGGAGCCGGACGGUGCAACGGAUGGUGUUGACAAGUUCCCGGUCUAUAGCGUCUCGCCCACUACUACGCUGCACUACACGAUGCAGAAGCUCCUAGCCACCGACUCGCACCGGCUCUUCGUGACGGACGACCCCGCGCUCGCGUCGCCCGUUUUCCCGCCCACGAGCACGGGCAGCCUGACAGGCAUCGUGUCCACCGUCGACGUGCUCUCGCUCUUCGCGCGCAUCGCGCAGCUGCCCGACAUCGACCCCACGCGCAUGCAGCGCCACCGCCGCGCGUCGUCCGCGUCCGGCUCGUCGUCCUCGCGCUCGUCGGACGCGGGCAGCUUCGGCGGGCCGCGCUCGCGCUCGAGCAGCCGCACGAGCCUCGGGCGGCUCUCGGUGUCUGGCGAGGGCAAGCCGCUCCGCAGCUCGGUGUCGAGCUUGGACUCGUUCCAGUGGGCCGAGCGCGCGCCUGGGGAGAGGAGGUGA